GUGAGGAGCUAUCACUUUCCGCCAUAUUUUUAAACAUUCGAAAUUCUUAAAGAACUAGAAUUAGACCAAGGUUUCCUAAUUUCUAAUAGAAAAGAAGUUCAGUUUUAAAAGACGUCGAACUUUUUAGCAAAUUUAAUAAAAUGUCAGAUAUUUUGAAAACAUUAGUACGAGUCAUAAAAACAAAUGUAAAUGCCUUUCAAGGGGCUAUAAGUCAAGUAAUCGAUUAUAUCAUGCCCGUCUCCAAAAAUAUAAAUACAGGAAAAUAUAUAAAUUAUAUUGAGAGAACAUCAAAGAUGUCGCUACAAGUGCCUUCUUCUAUUAUUGAAACAUUUGGAAUAAAAAAAGAGGAAAUAUCUAUUCGAGAGAUUACUGUAGCUAGCGCAUCAGUUUUUUUAAUAUAUUGCUUUUACAAUGGUUUGUAUUUGAUUGAAGUUAAGCGCUACGAAUGCUAUUUAUGAUAAAUUAUACUGAUUGUUUUAAGAGAAGUUUCAUAUGAAAGUGUAUCCUUCUAUUUAGGCGGAGAUUAAAGACAUUGAAGCUCCAUGCUUUCUAUUAAUAUUUUCUCUAGUAUAAAAGUAAUCGUUGAUGUAAUGUAGAAUUUCUAUUUUAUGAAAAAACAGUGUCGUUUUUGAUGAUUCGUAAUCUGGGAAGAAAAUUUAGAUGCCGUAAGUUAGAGAAUGCGCGCGGAAUACUUAUUGAUAUGAUUAAGAAAGCAGAUAGCUCUUGCUCUAAAGCAAUUGAAAACAUGAUUGAAUCAAAGGAAAUUGAUGUGAACGAAAAGUGCACUGAAAGAGAAGGUUUAUCAAUAUUCCUGGCGGCAUGUCUCAGCGGAAACAAGGAGUUGAUUCGAUAUACUUUACACAAAAAAGGAGACAUCUGGUCGACGACGAACAGUGGAGAUCCUCCGUUUUAUCUAGCUACUCAUGGAAUUCUUACGUCCUCCGUGCUUGAUUUAUCUGUUCUAAAUGAACUAUUGGAGGCUGGCUGCCAUAUAAAUUCAUGCAAUGCUUUUGGCUAUACGGCUCUACAUCGAGCUGCUGCUGUUGGAAACAUGCAGGUUAUAGAUUGGUUAUUGGAACACAAUGCUAAUCCAUCUAUAAUGAACGCAAGAGGUAUCUUGCCUUGUGAUUCUGCUUUCAUCAAUUCUCAUUUUGAAGCUUCUGAGAAGCUUCGCCUAUCUGCAAAAAACUAUGACCGCUGGAUCACUGCAAAAAAUAUAAAAUCUAGUAAAAAGAAUACUUUGGAAAGAUUUCCAAUAGAUAUCAAGAUGGAUGAAAAUAUCCUAAUGGAAAGAAACGCAUCGGGAGAUAAUAAUGAGUCCAUGGCUUAUUGAAAAAUGUAAUCUGAUUUGAAUAUCAUUCAUAUGUUAUUUGUAUGCUAUACAUACGAAUAGUUUUUAUAACUUUCUAGAGAAGUGUGACUAUGCAUGACAAGUAAAUUUAUUUCUUUGGAAGCGUUUCCUACUGUAAUGAAAUAUGAUUUUUCUUUAUAUCGCCUUUUUAUGUCUGGUACUUUUAAUGUCCAAUAUACUUGAUUAUUCGUGUUGAUACUAAUAAGUCAUUAAAAAAAUAGUACCAUCUAUUUUUAAUAAUGCAAAUAUGCCAUCUUUAGACGCGUCAAUCGUCAAAAAUAUUGGGAUAUAGAGAAGUAUCUUUUUAUGAAUAUCGUUCCUAUGUUGUUUACUACUGUUGACUGUUUUUUUUAAAGGAAAAGUUCUAUACAACUUAUUGUAGUUUCUAUGUAAAGAUAUUAUGCAAUUGUAUUUUUUUUAUUACAAGACGUAAAAGUUGCUAAUUCAAUUACAAUUGGAACUCUCGCUGUAAUAUUAUUAUAAGUCUCUUGUGUCGUUUCAAAAGUUAUGACUUUUUUCUUAAAUUAAAAUCAUCCAAGAUUCUAAAAGCAGUGAAAAUGAGAAUUGCCCUAGGGUUGACUCU